AUGGCCGAAGUCGUAGAUGACAUAAUUAAAACCUUAAACGGAACAAAUGGUACGGACACGGAGUCUGUUCUAAAAAAAAUACCUGCCACCACCGAAGGUAUGCUGAUUGCAUACACCAGUUUAGUGGUCAUGGCCUUAGUGCCUAUAUUCUUUGGCUCGUUCCGAUCAGUAGAACUACACAUUAAAAAUAAAAUGAAAAAAGAAAUACCAGAGUCCAUGACGGAAAAAGAUGCCAUGAUGUUUCCAGUGAUUGCUAGUGGAGCUCUCUUUACUCUCUACAUCGUUUUUAGGGUAUUUUCUAAGGAACACAUAAAUCUAUUAGUGACUUUAUAUUUUUAUGUUCUUGGAGUGGCAGCUCUAAGUAAUAUUUUAGGUACUAAAUUCAGCGCCAUGUUACCAAAAAGUAUACCUAAAACGAAAUACCAACUGCAGUUUACAGAAGGCACUGGUGAAAAAAAACAUGAUUAUAUAAAUGUAAAAUGUACACUUCAUGAUGUGUUAUGUUUUGUAUCGUGUGCAACAUUAGGAACGUUUUAUAUAAUUAGCAAGCAUUGGAUUGCAAACAAUAUAUUUGGAUUGGCAUUUGCUAUAAAUGGAAUAGAACUGUUACACCUCAACACCAUUAAAAUUGGAUGUAUUCUCUUAUGUGGUCUAUUCGUCUAUGAUAUAUUUUGGGUGUUUGGUACAAACGUUAUGGUUACUGUGGCCAAAUCUUUUGAUGCUCCUAUCAAACUUGUAUUCCCUCAGGAUUUAUUAGAAAAUGGUAUUUUAGCUGCUAAAAACUUUGCUAUGUUGGGCUUAGGCGAUAUUGUUAUCCCAGGAAUAUUUAUUGCAUUUAUGUUAAGAUUUGAUCAUAGCUUAAAACGGAAGACAAAUACAUAUUUCAAUGCUACAUUUUCGGCCUAUUUUUUGGGAUUACUUACCACUGUAUUUGUCAUGCACGUAUAUAAAGCAGCUCAGCCAGCUUUAUUAUACUUGGUACCCGCAUGUUUAAUUACUCCUAUGUUGGUGGCUUUAGUAUGUGGAGAUCUGAAAACUUUAUUCAGUUAUGAAGAUCAUAAAAUGGAACCAGAAAAGACUUCCAAAAAAUUGAAAUAA